CUGAAAAUCCACUCUUGCAGCCACAAUGCCUGUAGUACGAUGUCAUUCUGAUUCCCGAAGCUCCAUUAUUUCGUACUCGUAUUGAUUUACCGGGUUUAUUCUUUCUCAUCUCGAUCAUCAUCGUCUUACCUGAUUUGUGUCAUCGAGAAUGUACAAUGCCAUGGAUGAAAGUUGGAAUUCCGAUCCUUAUGGUUUUCCCAGGGGCCCCUUAUCAUUUCUUUGUCUCCGUAUUGAGCACAAUAAGAACACGAUCUAUCUCCUGCGAGAACCCGAUGAUGAAGCUUACAAUUCCUAGGUUUGGGAUAGACAAUUGCUGAUGAAUUUUACAGUUGACCAACGAAUCAUGUAAUUGCUCAGCUGCUUUCCCGAAAGACACUCUGUUCUAGGAGAUGGAAUGGGUAUCAAGAAUGUCCGAAGAUCUGAUAGAUUACCUGGUACGUAAUCUGAGCUUCCAAAUCAACAAACUCUCGAUCGUUAGUAUCGCCGUGGUACCGUACCUAGCGGCUGGCUAGUUCCUCCCCCACUACAGGACCCAAAGGCAAGUGUCAACACCAAAACCAAGAUCUCUAUGAAAUUGAAUUCAAUGCGCAUUGUUCAACCAAUCAAGGAAUUUUAAUUGAACAUCGCGCAUCUGGGCACUCAUGAAGUCAUUGACUGUGGGGUAAAAUGUGUGGCAGUCACUGCCCAUAUAUGGUUGAUCCUCUGCUUGUUGAUUUAAUAAAUUUCAUUUAAUGAUUUCCCCCUUAUUCUAUUUACAUUGAAUACCGUUUACUCUAAUUCACUUAAAACUUUGUCAUUCUAAUAAUUCAUUAUGUCUUCUCAAAAGACUUCGGGUGAUCAGUUUCGCAACUAUCAAGAUGAUAGAAAUGCAAAGUCUCAAGAUGUCGUUUAUACAACUGCCAAUGGCGUACCAAUGCCACACCCAUAUGAGACUCAACGUGUUGGCGAGAAUGGACCAUUACUUCUCCAGGAUUUCCACUUGAUCGACCUCCUUUCACAUUUCGACCGCGAGAGGAUCCCUGAGCGUGUGGUCCAUGCUAAGGGUGGUGGAGCUCAUGGAACAUACAAAACUACAAAUGGGUUAGAUGAUUUAUGUCUUGCAGACAUGUUCCAAGAAGGCAAGGAGUGCCCAAUCACUGUCAGAUUCUCUACAGUUGGUGGUGAAUCUGGUUCGCACGAUUGUGCUCGUGAUCCACGAGGAUUCUCCGUCAAGUUUAAGACGGAUGAAGGCAAUUGGGAUUUAGUUGCUAACAAUACACCUGUUUUCUUCUUGAGAGAUCCAGCCAAGUUUCCACAUUUCAUUCACACUCAGAAGCGUGAUCCAUCAACGCAUCUUACACACGCUGACGAUUCGACAAUGUUCUGGGAUUACCUUUCCCAGAAUCCUGAAUCUGUUCAUCAAGUCAUGAUCCUUAUGGGUGAUCGUGGUAUUCCAGAUGGAUGGCGUCACAUGCAUGGAUACUUUGGACAUACUAUCAAGCUUGUUAACAAGGCAGGAGAAUGGGUAUACUGUCAAUUCCACAUGAUCUCUCAGCAAGGAACAAAGUUCUUCACACAAGAAGAGUCUGCCGAGAAGUCACCGGAUUACGCUCAAAAGGAUUUAUAUGAGGCUAUUGAGAAAGGAGACUUCCCUAAAUGGUCACUCGAAGUUCAGACAAUGACUGCUAAAGAGGCAGAGGACUUGUGGGAGAAGGAAAAGAUCAACGUCUUUGAUCUUACACAUGUUUGGCCACACAAGCAGUUUCCUCUCCGUAAGGUCGGAGAGUUGACUCUUAACGAAAAUGCCGUCAACUACUUUGCCGAAAUUGAACAAGUCGCCUUCAACCCCGCCCAUUUAGUACCAGGACUCGAGCCCUCGGCUGACCCAGUCCUUCAAUCUCGUCUAUUCUCUUAUCCAGAUGCCCAUCGUCAUCGUGUUGGUGUAAACUACCAACAACUUCCUGUCAAUGCCCCACGCACAAGUUACCGCAUGGGCAAUUUCCAACGCGAUGGCAGCAUGGCUUUCUACAACCAAGGUUCUCGUCCUAAUUAUAUUUCCUCCAUUGAACCGAUCCACUUUAAAGACCGAAUGGUUAAUGCCGAUAAAGUGCACGGUCAAUUUACUGGCAAUGCCGUGACCUUCCUUUCCGAAAUCCGAGAGGAAGAUUUCAAGGCUCCGCGUAUCCUUUGGGAAAAAGUCUUCGACGACGGUGCCAAAGAUCGCUUUAUCAAAAAUAUUUCUGGUCACAUGGCCAACUGUAAGAAAGAAGAGGCUAUCAAGCGUCAAAUUGCUAUUUUCCGUGAAGUAUCUGAGGAUCUAGCCAGUCGUCUUGAGAAAGCUACUGGAACCAAGGGAUAUCCUGGGAUCGCUGAUUUAAAUUUCAGCGGUACACAUAAUGGGAUGGCGAGGGACAAGGCAAAUCGUACGGCGAAUAUGAUGAAGGGGGUUACUUUGAGUCAUAAUGAGACUAAUGGUGCGCCUGUUAAGGGUGGUCAUGCUUCUACUGCUUAAGGGGUGUAAAUGAAAGGCGUUUUUGUUAUGUAUAUAUGAAAUAAAUGUAUCAGUAUACGAAUGUAAUUUUGAAAUGAUAGUUCAUAUCUCUUAUUAUAUAAUUCUUACAGCUUGAAGUGUAAACGAUAUUUUUAAAUUCCAUUUUAUCUGAGUAAACUAAGAUACAUUCACACUUUUCCACAAUAUAAAGAAAUAACCCGUAUAUCAAAUUAAA